CAGGCAGGAGAAGCAGCCCCCCCUCCGCCCCCCCGCUUCGUGACGAGCGACAGGGAGGCAGGGAGACCGAUGGCCGCCCUCCUCCUCUCGACCCCGCCCCCCGUCGUCAGCCCGGACCCUCUCAACUCCUCCAACUCCUCCCUGGCGCCGCCCCCCCCAGCGGCGGCGGGCGCGGUGCGGCUGGGCAUGGCGCUGCUGCUGGCGGCCAUGGCGCUGGGCGUGCCGGGCAACCUGUUCGUGGUGUGGACGGUGCUGUGCCGCCUGCGCCGGCGCUCCGUCACCUCCCUGCUGCUGCUGCACCUGGCCUGCGCCGACGCCGCCGUGCUGCUCACCGCCCCCUUCUUCCUGCGCUACCUGGCGGCCGGCCUGGACUGGGAGUUCGGCGACGCCACCUGCCGCUGCCUGCACUACGCCUGCUGCGUCAACAUGUACGCCAGCGUGCUGCUCAUCGGCGGCAUGAGCCUGGACCGCCUGCUGGGCGUCUCGCGGCCCUUCCUGUCCCAGAAGGUGCGCACCAAGUCCCGGGCCGGCCGGGUGGCGCUGGGCAUCUGGGCGGCGGCGCUGGUGCUGUCCGUGCCCAUGCUGUUCUACCGGCGGGCGGGAUGUGAACAGGAUGGGGUGUGA